CCAUUUUCCGGCGACAUUUGUAAUGUUUAUUUUAUUAUUUUAAUCUUUUUGACAGAUUGUCUGAUAAAUAUAUUUGUGUAUUAUUUAAAAUGUUUAUAAUAAUUGUUGCUUGAUAAAUUAAAUAUUUUAUUGAAAUGCAGGAUAUUUGUACAGACAUUAAAACUGCAAUUGAUCACGGACGUACUGAUAUUUUACGAUCAUUACUCGGUGCAUGUGACAAUGGUGAUGUUGGUGAGGGUAUUACAAGAGAAGAAAUUCUUAAUCAGCCAUUUCUUGAAGAAGGAACAUUUUUAUCAUAUGCCUCAAAGACAAAUCAAGUUGAUGUUGUAAGAACAUUAUUAAAUUGUGGUGCUGAUCCAACAGUUAAAAAUGCACAUGGACACAAUGCAAUUGAUGUUGCAGCAAGUGAUGCUAUUCGUUUAAUUUAUGUUGAAGAAUUAUUAAGAGCAACAGCUGCAUCAGAUAUUGAUCGAGUGUUAUUAUUGAUAACAGCUGGAAUUGAUGUUAAUUCUUGGGAUUCAGAAGGUAGUAAAAAUACACCAUUACAUUGGGCAGCAUGUUUUGGUAAUAAAGAAAUAGUACAGUGUCUAUUAAAUCGUGGUGCUGAUGUUAAUGCUAAAAAUGGUUGUGGUGCAACACCACUACAUGAAGCUGUUGAUCGUGAUGAUAUUGAUAUAUGCCAAGAGUUAUUAAAUGCUGGUGCAAAUCCACAUAUACGUGCUUUACAAGGUACAUUUGCUGGUAAAAGUCCAUAUGAAUUAUCACGUAAUAAACAGCUUGCAAUAUGUACAAUGAUGCAAUUUAUUAUUUCAAAUAAUAAUGAUAAUAAUGAUAAAAUUGAUAAUAAUAAUUAUCAACAAGAUAUAAAUAAUUUUAGUCAAAAAAGUAUAUCAACAAAUAUGAGUCAACUAUCAAUUGAUUCAAGUAAAUCAACAGAUCCAUUAUUUGAACAGCCAACUGGUGUUAGAGAUAAUAUAAAUGAUAAUGAUAAUAUUAAUACAUCAUUAAAUGAUAAAUCAUGUAUUUGGAAUUUAAUUUGGCCACAGCCAAAAACAAUAAUUAAACUUGGUCAUAAUUCAGCGCCAUUUAUUGCUGGUAAAGAAUUAUUUAUAUCAAUUAUUCAAGGUAGUGAAUCAAUUCAUGAUAUACUUGAUGUAUGGGAAGUAAGUAGAUCACAUUUACUUGAAUUAGGACAUGAUGUUAAAGUUGGUGAAGUACAACCAGGUUCAGGUAGAUGGCUUGGUGAUAAUAGAAUUGAAUGUAUUGUUAAUCGUAAUUUAUUCAAUGUAACACAAGGCUAUCAACUUCAUGUAUCACAAAAUUCAAUAAAAGUAACUGCUGGUAGUCUUGCUGGUCUUCAUUAUGCAAUAUCAACAUUUAUACAAAUAUUACGUUUAUGUAAAAAUUCUAUAACACCAGAAAUAUGUGAAAUUCCAACAGUAUUAAUAAAAGAUGAACCAAAAUUUAUUCACAGAGGUAUAUUAUUAGAUAUAUCACCAAGAGGAAGAACACCAACAUUGGAUUAUUUAUUUCAUACAAUUGAUUUAUGGUCAACAUUUAAAAUAUCACAUCUUCAUUUAUAUUCAAGAUUAACACCAAGUUGUGAUUGGCAAUUAUGUUAUACAAGAUCAGAAAUGGUUACACUUGAUCGUUAUUGUAGAGAUCGUCAUUUAGAUUUAAUUCCAGCACUUGAUGUUGAUUCAAAUGUAAGUCAACGUCAUUUACAACAAAUGUGGCCAAUAUUUCAAGAAUUAUUAUCAACAUUUCCAAGUUUAACAUAUGUACAUGUUGGACCAAGACUUGCUAGUCUUCUUGUACAACCAGAUAAUCUUGAUUCAAGUAUAUCAAUCAAUGAAACAGUUGAAACUGAUAUGUCAGAAGUAUUUAAAUCAUAUUCAUGUCUUCAAGAACUAUGGCAUAUAUUAAAUUUAAAUUCAAAUACAACAUUAUUAUUAUGUUCAAAUGGUUUACAUUCAAAACCAGAAUUUCGUAAUGUACCAAGUAAUGUUAUACUUGUUGAGUAUGGUUUUCAAGCUGAUUAUGAUUUUUCUGAAUGGACAGAAGCAUUUAAAAUUGCUGGUGGUAAUGUAUUACCAAGUUCUGGUACAGCAAGUUAUAAUAGUCUUGCUGGUUGUCCAGCAUCAACAUUGGCAAAUACUAAAAAUGCAAUUAAAACAUCAAUUGAACAAAAUUCAAUUGGUAUUGUUGUUGCACAUUGGUCUGGUAGUCAUCAUUUAACACCACAUCCAUUUUCAUGGAUUGGUUAUUUAAUUGCUGCUGGUUUAUCAUGGAAUCCUGAUACUGAUAUUGAACUUGGUCCAAUUGAUCCUUAUGAUACACAUGAUAAUAUAAAAAUGAAUCAAAAAAAAUUAUAUCUAACAAAUAUAUUAAAUAUUCAUGUAUUUCAUGAUUUAGAAAAUAAAAUUGGUAAUGCCAUAUUGGAAUUGGGAAAAAUUGAUACUCUAGUAUUGACAUUAAGUAAAAAUCAAGAUGCAAAUGAUUUACAACAAAUACCAGAUAAUAGAGGAUCAACAUUAUAUCGUUUAUUAACUGAUCCUGAUAAUGUUAAUUUAGAAUUUUUAUCAUCUGAUUUAUUUAUUAAAAUGACUAAACAAAUAAAACGUGUUACACAUGGUCUUUAUGAGGCAAAUAUAACAUCAAAAUUUGGAUCAAUGGAAAUACAAGAACUUCAAUUAACUGCUGAUUUAAUGUUAACAGCAUGUAAAAUUGGUAGAACACUUAUUGGUGUUGGUGUUAAUCCAAAUAGUAAUAUGGGUCUUGCUGUUAUUAAUCUUGGUGUUUGUAAUUUACCACCAACAUUUCGUACUGAUAUUGCUAAUAAAAUGAUUGCACAUAUUGAACAAUAUAAAGGUGCAUGGUUACAAAGACAUCUUCCACAAGGUCUACAAAGUUCAUUGCUAGUCUUGACCAGUGCACUGCAUAGAUUUGUACCAGAAACAUAAAAAUUAUUUAAUAUUUUUCUUAAUAAUAUUUCACCUCAAAUACAACUUAAUAUUUUUAUUUAUAUUUUUUCAUUUAUAAAAUAAAAGGAAAUAAAUUAAUUAACGUCAGGUAUUAUCUGUCAAAGACUGUUAAAAUUUAAUAAUAAAAUGCAACAUAUAAUUUUA